AGGACUAAGUCGUACCCGCAGGGUCGACCGAACCUAUUCAAAAAAUAUCGACGUGUCAACUUGUACAAAGUGUACGGCGACCUUCGCUAUAAGGCCGGCGUACACCCCCUACAUACUAUUCUCGUACUCGUGCCAUCGAGCAUUGGCACCCCGUACUCCUGUUGUUUUGUAGAACAACAACAAAACAUGUCAGUACAAUACAAUAAGUAGGUCGGGGUCAGAAAAAGUUACUGAUCUGGACAUUUCACAUCUACUCCCUCUGAUACUAAAUUUUUGACUCAAAUUUGCUCAAAUAUGGAUGUAUUCAUUCUUAAAAAGCGUCUAGGUACAUGUAAUAUUUCGACAACAAUUUAGGAUCGGAGGGAGUAGGCUUGGAUGUGGCCUGUUUUUACAGGGACUACAAACAAAUCAAUGUGUUUUCUCAUGAAUUUUCUUAUGUACGUACACCGAGUCGUAAAAAAUCAGUUUUGCCAUUGAGAAGUUGUUUGUUCUUUUAUUUAGAGAUUAGUCAACAUAUUUGACCGUCGGAUCUUAAUCCAGCGGGUAAGAAGGGGUGACCCUGGGAUCUCAAUAACCAGUUGUGAUACGUCAACUGAAAUUUAAACCUUUUGUUUAAAAACCAUCCCCUGCCAAUAUUUUGAAGGUAACACGCCCUAACAAUAUACUUCCCCAUAAGGCAUUGUUUGGUACUCCAAAUUGAAAAACACUACAAACCCCAGAUGGUUGUUUGGUAGAAAGGGUUUAGUCGUGAUUAUCCCUAAUUUUUUUCCACAAAACACUCCAUUUUCUUACCAAAUUAAAACACUUGUCGCACCAGUGAAAAACACUAUUGUUUUGGUAUUUGACAUAUACGUGUGGAUCACAAUAUACAACAAAUCCUUGUUUCUACUACCAGUACUCCGUACCCUAUAUAUACAUACCGCGUACGCGCAUCUCCGAUCCGCACAGCUGCAACACACACAGCAUGGACGAGCUCGUGGCGGUCUUCCCGGCAGGCGGCUCAUCUUCGUGCUCCCCUCCGUCGGCAGCCUCCUUCUUCUCCGCCGCCUCCCCACGCCCUCGUCCUCCUCCUGUCAUCGAGCUCGUCUCCUGCGAUGUCCCCGAGCAAUGGCUCACCAACGACGACGUCCUCGACCUGGAUAAUAACAACAAUAACUACCAUCUGCCGUGGGCCUGCUCGGCGGCCGGGAGCCUGGGCCUUCCGGCGAUGGCCACGUCGAUGAACAGGAGCGGGCGGGGAAGGAAGAACCCCCGGCCGCGGCCAUCGGACGGCCCUGCCGUCGGCCACGUGGAGGCGGAGCGGCAGCGGAGGGAGCGGCUGAACCGGCUGUUCUGCGACCUCCGCGCCGCCGUGCCCACCGUGUCGAGGAUGGACAAGGCUUCGCUGCUCGCCGACGCCGUCUCCUACAUCUCCCAGCUCCGGGCCCGCGUCGACCGCCUCGAGAGCGAGGCCCAGGCCCAGGCCGCUGCGUCGGCCCGCCAGAAGAAGGCGCUGCAGGCCGUGGCCGUGGGCCAAGACGAGGAGCGGCUGGAGGUAAGGAUGGUGGGGAAGGAGCGGGAAGUGGCGGCGCUGCGGCUCGUGACGACGGCGUCGUCAGGGGCGGCGCCGGCGAGGCUGAUGGCGGCGCUCCGGGCGCUGGACCUGCCGGUGCAGCACGCGUGCGUGAGCCGCGUCCACGGCGGGGGCGCCCCCACGGUGGUGCAAGACGCCGUGGUGGACGUGCCGGCCGCCGGCAUGCGGGACGAAGGGCGGCUCCGGGCCGCCUUGCUCCGCGGGCUGCAGCUGCAGCAGCAGGGCGGCGCCGACCCAUGCAGCAUAGAUAUACUAGAUGACUAA